GUUGCUUUUGAAGACUUUCCUUCUAAUCCUGUUAUUUACUCUUCUAUUGAUUUUGAUCUCUUGGCGAGUGUAUGGCAACAGAAUUUCAGAGCGGUUUAUGAAGCCAGCUACAUCAGCAACAAUUGAACAGCUAAAGGAAAGCGUCUCUAAGCUUAAACUUCCUAAAGAGUACACACCAAGAAACUAACAUGGCUGAUAAAAUAAAAAAGUUCUUUCAAAAGAAGAAAGCCGAUGCUAAAUUCAAAUUGGCCGGGCCUGGGCACAAACUUAGUGAGACUACAGUGAGAAACCAACCCUCCAACUCAAAGCAAGCACCGGCCCCUCAACGCUCGGGGUUGUCCGAGGAGAGCAAACUAGCCGCAGAUGCAGCACUAGCAAGACUGCAACAGAAAAGAGAACAUCCAGCUUUUAAUACUUCCCUGGCAGCAAUUAAAGCACAAGUUAAGAAAGAACUGGAAACAGAGAAGGCAGAGCCAUCUUCAGAACUAAGUCAAGUUAAGGAAAGAAUUGAAAGAGUUCAAAUUGAGUCAGAUUUGCCUAAAAACUUAGCUGUGUCGGGAGUAUUUUUCAGAUGUCCACUUAUUAGUAAUGAUAUACUGUCAAGAGAUGAAUGGAAAAAGAAUAUAAAGACUUUCUUGUAUGAACAGUUGGAGGAAGAGAGAGGACUGACAGCCUGUCUCAUAAUACAGUCAUGUAAUCACAAUAGGGAAAAGAUUGACAGUUGUGUGGAGACACUAUGCAAGUAUUUGGAGAACAUCAUAACAUACCCAGAGGAGGAGAAAUAUAAGAAGAUAAGGAUGUCGAACAGGGUGUUCACAGAGCGCGUCCAGCCUAUAGAAGGUUCUAUGGAGUUGCUCCAGGCAGCAGGCUUUGAGCAGAAGAAACUGCCCAACGCUGAUGGUGUAGAGGAGGACUUUCUGGUGUUCAAUAUUGACAAUGUGCCUUCAGUGGAGAGUUUGACAACGUUGAUAGACGCGCUACGGUCGGCUGAGCCCAUCCAGUUGGAGUUGGACCGCAAUCUCCAGGUGCUGCUGCCGUCGCAGGCCGCCGCCAAGAUGCAGCUGCCGCCGGCAUUCUACGCGCUCACACCAGAAGAGAUUAAGAGGGAACAGCAACUUAGAACGGAAGCUCUCGAGAAGAGUCAGAUGUUGCGGACGAAGGCGAUGCGCGAGAAGGACGAGAUCCGCGAGAUGCGGAAAUACAAGUUCGCCAUCAUCAGAGUGCGCUUCCCCGACGGUAUACUGCUGCAGGGCACAUUCUCAGUGUACGAGCGGUACAACGAAAUCCACGAGUUUGUGCAAGAGAACCUCGAACACAGCGGGCUGCCAUUCGUCCUCAACACACCGACCGGACACAAGCUAAUAUACGACGAGGACGCCAAUAAGACCCUUAUCGACCUGCGACUAGUACCCGCGACAGUGCUCACUUUCGCGUGGCACCAUUCUGUGCUCGACGAAAUUAAUAAUAGCCCAAACAAGGAUGUUUAUUUGAAGCCCGAAGUGAUGGUUUUGGUGCAAGAGAUUUAGUCUAUGGUAUAGUACCGACACACUUUCCCCGCGUUCCACUUGACGUUUGAGGCAAUUUGAGCGUUUUGAUCAC